AGUGAACGUUGCUCAAUGGAGCUCUGUGAUUGGUCGGCGGGCGACUUUCAAACUCCUCCCCCCACUGCCACAGCAACUCGGCGUCAGCAGCCAACCAGCUCAGCUCAGCUCACCCAACGGCAAGUUUUCGGGCUCAGGAAAAGCCCGAAAAUGAGUCAGUUCAAGGAGCGCUUUGUGACUCUGCUCCAUGAGAAGAACUUUGUGACAGAUCAGUUGGCGAAGCUGGAAGAAAAAACGGGAGUGAAGAGAGAAUAUAUCACCUUGGGUCUUCUGAGUUUUCUCGGGCUGUAUCUUCUGUUUGGAUACGGAGCCUCACUGCUCUGCAACCUGAUUGGCUUUGUCUAUCCAGCAUAUUUCUCCAUUAAGGCCAUCGAGAGCAACAUUAAGGAGGAUGACACACAGUGGCUGACCUACUGGGUUGUUUAUGGACUCUUCAGCAUCGUCGAGGCCUUCUCUGACAUCUUCCUCUUCUGGUUCCCCUUUUACUAUGCCAGCAAGUGCCUGUUCCUGGUUUGGUGUAUGGCUCCGGUGACGUGGAACGGCUCUGAGAUCUUGUACAACCGCGUGAUCCGGCCUUUUUUCUUGAAACACCAGGCUACCAUGGACACUAUGGUCAGCGAUCUGAGUUCCAAGGCUAAGAGCUUAACUGAGACCGUCACAAAGGAGGGUGAGACAACUACAGUGUACAUCUGUUAACCGGGCCCUUAACCAUGACAAGGACCAGUGAGAGACAUGGGAAGGCUUCGUGUGUGUGUGCAUGUAUGUGUGUUCGGGUUACUGAAUGAGAUUGUUUGUGUGUGUUUGUUGUUACACAUUUGGUUUGUCCUCCCCCUCCCCCCUUCCGUGACGAAUGAUGAUGAUCGACCCGCCCUGUCAUGUGGUGAAGUGAAGCUUCACACUCCUGAAAGUAAAUAAAACCUUGUUUGUGCAUUCACAUCAGUUUACUGCCAUCGGUACUGCCAGGACAAUCAAUGAAACUGUGACCCUUCAUGUGAUUUUAUUUUCUUUGUUGUAGUGUGAUAGAAUAAGUGGAAAGAAAUACAUUGAAAACCAAAAUAAGGAUUUUGUGCCUGCAGGUUUCAGUAACACUGACGGUGAAUUUAAUAUUAUGUCUAAUUGAGCCAUUUGUGACGGAAAAAUGAAGCUGACAACAUAACGGUUAUAAAAAGCAGGUUGUCUUCAAAUGUGUCUAAUUUUCUAACAUUGUUCAUCAAAACUGGAACUUUUACGUGUCAUUGAUGUCGUAUUCCUCUUAAAAGCCUUAAUCUUGCAUGUGCCAAGCAGCAAGUCUGUUUGAGCUAUUGGGGACGUUCUGAAUCUAACUGGAUGACUUCUGUCUUUUGUUAUGUUUUAAUUUAUCAUGUCAUAAUGAUGAACCAAUAAAACUGGAAACCAUAAUGAACUGAAGAA